UUACUUUUCCCGUUCAUAUAUUAAUUCUCGAAUGGAUCCUGUAAAUCAACAAUAUAUUUGGAAUGUCGUCUUUGUGAAAGCCAACUAAUUCAUGGGGAAAAGAAACAUAUACUUUAUAGCUUUUUUACACAAAAUUAAAACGGAUUCAAGAUAAUCUAGAUAUAAAAAUAAAUUAUAACAAUCAUUAAUCAAAGAUGUAGGGGUGCCACAAGCCCGCCCAAGUAUUGGUUUGGACUCUGAAUUGUUUAUAGAAUACACAUUUUAAGAGUUUUCACGGAAAUUCCCAGUUUUCCGUCAUAUUUUAUAACUUCAACACAACAUUAAAAUGACUUGGAGACUUCUGUCAAAACAAAAUUACUCAAUUCGAGCCGGGACUUUAACUUAUCAUCGAGUUGGUCAUACAGUGAGACCCGUAAAUGUCUGGAAUAGAAAGACGACAUUUGAUCAAUCUUAUGUGAACUUAAUGUUAAUAUUAAGAAAAUAGUUUUACCAAUAGCUUGAAAUUCAAGUCUACACUUCACAAUUGCGGUGUUUCAUGUUCAUUGGACUUUUUGAAAUCACAAGUUAAAUCUGAAGGUUGUCUUCCUAUUCCACAGUUUUAUGGGUCUCACUGUACUUUUUGGAUCAUUCAGCCAGGUCAAUAAAGGAACUGAACACUCAACACAAACUCUAGUAUUCAAAUUCUGAUAUCUUUCUGUAGAGAGAGCGCCUGAAGAGAAAAUGUUAUUUUUAAGAAUUGCUAUAACGAAUGCUUAUACUAUUUCUAGCUUAAGGUUUAAAAGUUAAACUAAAGGAAUCAACGAGUUUUUUGGUUUAUAAAGAGGAGGUCAUCCGUAUUGGUAUGCUUUACAUGCUCAAGAGCUCACAUUAGUACUUCGCAUUUGGACCAUAUAUAUGUACCCCACCCACUUUUCUGCCACAGCCUCUUGUACUACCCCCCUACUUCUGGAUCUCCGCCCCUACUUCUAGAUCUCCGCCCCUACUUCUAGAUCUCCGCCCCUACUUCUAGUACUACCCCCCUACUUCUGGAUCUCCACCCCUACUUCUAGUUCUCCGCCCAUCUUCUUCUUGGUUAUUGUUUAAGCUAGGAAGGGGAAACUAGAGAAGUUAGUUUCAGGGAAUAUCUAGGCCUGGUAGGAACCAGCUCUUCAAUCCUCUCUAAACACUGAAUAUCUAGGCCUGGUAGGAACCAGCUCUUCAAUCCUCUCGAAACACUAAAUAGUGCUGGAGACAAGAAGAUUUAAGAGAGCUGGUUUCCAACUGACAGAUGAAAAUGGGAGGACAGGUUCAUGGACCAAACCUAGGCUCUGUACCUAGACUAGGAUACAGGAGAACAGAUGAACCAAACCAGGAUCCAGGGGUUGAACCCAACGGAUCAGAAGAAGGAUUGAUAAUAGAGGAAAAGCAGAGUAAGGAAGGAAGAUGUUCUACUCCAACAGGAACUAGGAGAAGUACAGCAGUUCCAGCCUGGAGUGCUGGAAGACGAUCUGCUCGCAGAAACAACAAGACUGUUGCUAUCUCGCAGGAGGAGUGGAGACGGUUAAAUGAUGAGAAAUGUAAAAGAGCUGAUAUAUCUCGACAUAAGUCCUUCAAGAGCAGAGCUGAAGCUAUUAAACUCCGGAGUAAGGAGGAAGCAGAAACAGUCUGUAUCCAGGAGAAGGCUGAACAUAGAUUGAAAGAAAGGUUGGAGGAGACGAUCUUCUGGUCGGAGGAGGUGGAGAACGAAGUUAUCGCCUGGGAGGAGGAGAAGUUGAAACUCUCCGAGAUUCGUUCCAAUCUCGAGCAUGCGCACAGUCAAACUUGUCGACCGGCCCGCCUAGCUGACAAAUGCAUUAGAAACAGGGAGAACAGGAUAGGUGCGGAUCAGGUACUAGAUGAGGUAGAGCAGAAACUAAUCCUGGAAAUAGAAAAUAUCCGGCUGUGGCAGAUCAGAAUAAAAAUAGCACUAGAUCAGGUUGAGUUCCAAGAAACAUCAAACCAGGCUCUAGUUAGAUCCCUCUAUAGAGAUCUCAACGUCAAAACUAGAGCAGCUGACAUAGAUUCCAGUUGUUCCAGGCUAAACAACAAGAGUAACAAACUAACCCUCCAUACAGGAGCUGAUGUAGUUUCUAUCCCUGCAUCCUGGCAGACACAAACCCAAUCAAAGAUUGCAGAAUCAAGAAAACGACGAGAAUGGUCCCAGCAGCUGAGAUCUGAUAUAGAAACUUUGGUUAGGUCUGCCUGCACAGAUCUUAUUAAUCAUUGGAAGAAAACUAAUUCAGCAUUUAAGGAUAAUAUCGAGAACUUGAAGCACUCAAUUCAGAAGAUUGUAGAGCGACUGGAUGCUAUUGUUUUGGAAAUCCAGGAGCAAGGGAGGGAGAUUGAUCAACUAAAAUCUGCUCUAUCAUCUAAGGGUGCUCCUCUAAAGUUGGCACAAACCCGGCUUAACAUGAGAACUCAAAGAACCAUCAGAGGUCGAUCUGGUUGGGAGGGUGUAGAUGAUCCCCAAUCUACGCUGGUCGGAGAGGUCACUAAGAUCCUCGAUAAUAUUCAACUAUUAAACAACCAGCUUAGGAAGGCUGAGAGUUCCCUGAAGGAGUUAACCAGCCAGAAGAUCAAACUAGAAUAUGAUCUACACGUGAAGCAAACUAGUCUAGGAAUAGAUCAGGAGAAGUGUAUUCAAACCAGGACCAAGUAUCCAAUCAAACUCAAGGGAUCAUGGCAGAAGAUUCUAGAGAACAUUGAGAAGGAGAAAAAGGAAGGAAUUGACCAGGAAAAGCGGAGACGGAAGAAUAGUGAUUCUUCUGAGGAAAAGCUGGAUUCUAUGGAGAAUAAUGUCAAAUAGUUUCAUAUUUUGAACAGAAAUGUUCAGUGUUCAGAACUCACAACACGAUUCUGACUAAAAUACACGUAUAAUAACAAAUUCAUGUAUUAUUUUGUAUUGCCUUCAUAUUAAAGUUCAUUGGAUGUAAAUAAUAAAAAUAAUAAUAAUAAUGAUAAUAAUAAUAACAACUGUACAAUAUUAAUGAUGAUACAAUAUAAAGUUUACAUUUAGCAAAGAGA